UUUAAACCUGCUUUGAGACUGGAUUGCCAAGUGGAUAUCGCUAGGACCCAAGAGCUCUGAGGCUUCUCAUAAAUAGGUGACCUGCUUUAUGCCAGUCAGAACAUCAGAUUACGGAUGAGAAUGAAGGGAACUCUGGAUGAACCACGCUUUUCUGUUGAGCUGCUGGAAGGAAGCGCAGCUCUCCGAGGUUUGAUCGAUAAACACAUCCAUGAUCAAACUCUUGCACUGAAGAGUGCAUUUUUUGUGGCUGACCUGGGGGUGAUUGUGCGGCAGCAAGUUCGCUGGAGAGCUAAAAUGGACCAGAUUCGGCCUUUCUACACAGUCAAGAGCAACAGCAGCCCUGUGGUUGUUGAAAUCCUGGCUGCUCUUGGAACUGGCUUUGUUUGUUCAAACAAGCAUGAGCUGGACUUAGUAAAGGGCUUUGGCGUCCCGUCUCAGGACAUCAUUCUCGGCGGCACGUGUAAACAGCUCUCUCAUAUCAAAUACGCAGCCAAACACAACAUCUCCCUCCUGGUUUGUGAUAAUGAGGCAGAGCUGCGGAAGAUUGCACGAUGUCAUCCCAAAACAAAACUUGUUGUUCAUGAGAGAGGAGACGCUGUCUGGUGGUCUUCUGAGGUGAGCGCAGAAGAGCCGCUGUUCUCCAGCAGUCUGUGGGGUCCGUCUGCUGAUGAUCUGGAUCAGGUGGUGAAGCGAUGUCUGCUGCCGGAGCUCAGUGUUGGAGACUGGCUGCUUUUCAGCAAUGCAGGGGCCAACGGUCUGGGGGCCACAUUCACUAACGGAGAGGAACACAAACCGGCCGUCUUCUACAGCAUCACUGAAUGCGACUGGCAACAGGUUCAUAACUGUGGCGUCACUUUGGACUCGAGGAUGAAGAACCUCUCUGUGGUACCAUGCGGCUUGCAAGCAAACAUAUCCAAGGCGUCCGUUUCCACCCCGGCGUAACAUAAUGCCACUUAUUAAUGUCAUUAUCUCGACUGACUUUAAGCACUUAAGAACCUGGGAUCUUCUAAGAAGCUUCAGUUGCUUUGAAGAAGUUUGGCUGGGACCAGAGCUGAAGAAGUGUUGUUGAACAGAACAACUUCAUAGCCAUCACAACUGAUGGAUAAACAGCAAAUAGGUGCGAUUAGCUUUAACAAAUGAGCCAGUUGGCCUUUACAGAUACAUUUAAUUAUAUUUAAGUCCGUUUUAUAAAUGUAUACACACAUAAUAUUUCCACUUACUAAUGGAAUCAGUCAUGUACUAAGUUAUUUAUUAAACCUCAAGUCUAGUUUCAUGACAUCAUCAGAUGCUUUUAAAGAAACAUGCACUUGUUUUUUGUUAUUCGUAUUACGAAUAUGAUGUUUAAACUGGAAAAUUGUGAUCUUCGUCCUAUUUGAACUGUUACAGGAAUAGUUCAGCAGAGCACUGCGGUAUGUUUUUGUUGACUAAAUACAAUGGAAACUUUGUAAACUGUUGAAAUCUUAUGUCCAAAACACACCUUAAAGGGGUAGUUCAUCCAGAAAUGCAAAAUCUGAUGCAAAUGUGCUCACCCUC